GAUUAAGGUAUUUUAUUGGUUUGUUGUAAACUACAAACAAAGGUCUUAAUCCCUUCAUUUGAGGCAAUCUUAUUGUUCACUGACCUUCUAUUAUCCGCUGUUUCGUAAUACCAAUGGUCAGUAAGCUAAGCCUACGUCACGUGAUUCCGAUUCAAGCUGCAAGUAAAACUACCCAUAGGGUUCAGAGGUCACCGAAGACAAACACCGCUCGCCAAUUGGUCAGUUGUCCGGAGCCGUGAGAAAUAACUGGUCAAGUACAUAGUAUUGAUAAGAAAAAGUUAGGGAGGCCGCGAAACUGGGCGAGAGAUUACAGCUUGUUGCGAGAACAGAAAUUUUAUACAGGGAUGUGAUUGAUACUUACGUGGGUUAGAUUUCCGAAACCGUAAAAGGAACCUAUCGGACCUGUAUGUGUGUAUAUACUUUCGAAUUGCCAGGAAUUACGUGUGAUUGAAGCUAAAAAAGAAAAUGAGCAGAGGAAAAAGGAAGUGACUUCAUCUCAAUAUCGCAGAGAGAAAAGCAUUUCAUAUGGAUGAAUGAAACCCCCCCAUUCAGCACCAGAAAUUAAAAAAAGAAAGUGUUCAAAACCAUAAAUCUUCAUUUUUAACGUUGUUGCCCAAACCUUUCAAACUGGCGAGUCCGGGUGAUGUAUACAGCAUGAUGCAGGAUCCUUAUUCCAUUAUGCACAGAGAUGACCGCUUUUACAAGUAUGGCGGUCAUGCUCACCAGAGGACCACUGCAACGACAGGCCCCCCAGGACACUCCUCCUCCUACUACAGUAUGAGCAUGCCAUACCAGGAACCCUCCCACACGCUAACACAGAGCGACCUAGCUGUGAUGUCAUCUCAAGGUCAUUCCUCCACCCCUCCAGAUUUCUCUGCACCAAGGGUCCCCACAGGGGGUAACGGUCACUCUCCCCCCUCACUCAUGCCUGGACCCUCCACUGCCGGGCCUUCUACCUCUCACCAGUCCUCUAGUGCCAUGCUUCCAAUAAUGGAUCUGAAUUCUCCCAUACCCACCGGUGAACCUAUUCCAAAUGUUGGUAGUCAUGAGACUCCAUCACAACAAGAUCUUGAAUCAUCACAUCUUUCAUCUCCCUCCAGUACUUCUAGUGGUCCGUCAACGCCACUGGAUUUAGCCAAUCAGGGACCGGGCGAUAACAAGAUCCCUCCCAAAAAACGGCCCCAUCUGACGCCUGAGAACCAAAAGGACGAAAUGUACUGGGAGAAACGACAAAAAAAUAACGAAUCUGCCAAACGUUCACGAGAGGCCAGACGGAUGAAAGAGGAACAGAUAGCGCUUCGUGUUGUGUUUCUGGAACAGGAAAAUCUUCAGCUACGUACAGAGGUUUCUCUUCUAAAGAGUGAGAUUGAAAAACUAAGGUGUAUGUUGUACAACCCUUGAUAAAACUUACUCAUACAUUCAACAAUAAUUUUAGAAUAUCCGGUGUUCAAACUCUUUUUUUUGAAAAGAGAAAAAAAUUGUGUCUAGCAAUUGUGCAGUUUAUUGUGUUCAACGAUAUAGCAUUACAAACUGUCUCGGUUGGAAUUCUGGGAUACCUACUCAGGGAAUUGUGGGAAGACUCAGGAAGUUUUUAUAGAAGUUGGAAUGAAACGGGUCCAUUAAGUCGCACACAAACACAGAAGUUUGUUUUUUAUGUUCAUGUGUAUUUUUAUAUAGCAAACACCAGAACUUUGUGUACAAUUUGCCAAUAUUUUAUGUAUUUUGUGUGUAAUAUGUUCCAUUUAAGGAAAUGGAGUGUUUUAUAUGAAAGGAAUUUUUUAAAAUCAUUGUCAUUCUGUCUGAUAGGUAGCAAAAAUAUUUUAUUGAAAUCUUUUUUGUUGCCAUUUUAAACACCUAUACAUUGUAUAUAAAAAAGCACAUUCCCAACAUUUUAUGUUGUCUACUUUUAAAUUUCUAAUCAUGCAGUGAAGUUUCAAGCUUACAGAAUUACUGUGUUAUGUUAGUACUUCCCUUAUGUAUUUUUUUUUGAGUCCAAAAU